AUGGCCAACGAAGCCCCCCGGCCGAAGCUCCUCUGGAAUUCCGACAAUGUCAAAGACGUCGCCGAAUCCGUUGGCAUCAGCUCGCUCAACGACGAAGCCCUCAAGGCACUGACGCAGGACGUCGAGUAUCGCAUCGGCCAAGUCAUCAUCGAGGCGCUCCGCCUGAUGCGCGCCGCUCGCAGAACCACCCUCACUGUCAACGACGUCUCCCUCGCACUCAAAGUCCUUGAUGUAGAGCCUCUCUACGGAUACGAUUCCACGCGACCGCUUCGCUACGGCGAGGCGAGCCUUGGUCCCGGCCAACCGUUAUUCUACAUUGAAGACGAAGAGGUGGAUUUUGAAAAGCUCAUCAAUGCGCCCUUACCCAAAGUUCCUCGCGACAUGAACUUUACAGCCCACUGGCUCGCAAUCGAAGGCGUCCAGCCAUCAAUACCCCAGAACCCAACGACAGCCGAAUCGCGCUCCCAAGAGCUGCUUCCCAAAGGCCCCGGCGCAAAUCCCGCUCUCGCCGCCCUGGCCGGAAACGACAACGUGGCCGUCAAACCCUCCGUCAAACACAUUGUCAGCAAAGAGCUCAUUCUGUAUUUUGACAAGAUCCAGGCCGCCAUUCUCGACGAUAACCCCGACGAAGAAGUCGUCCGUCUGCGCCAAGCAGCACUGGGCUCUGUACGCGACGACCCGGGUCUGCACCAGCUUGUCCCGUACUUUAUCAACUUCAUCAUGGACAGGGUGACGCACCACCUCGACGACACCUUUACACUCCGGCACAUGAUGGAGCUGACGAAUGCCCUCAUCGAAAACAAGAGCCUCUUCCUAGAUCCAUACGCCUCCUCGUUGUCCGCCCCGGCAUUGACGUGCCUGAUGGCCCGGAAGCUAGGCACCGAUGACGGCGUGGACGCCAUGAAGGACCAGUACGAUCUGCGACAGCUGGCGGCGUCGUUGGUGGGCCGCAUCGCCCGCAAGUACUCGGCCUCCAACACCCUGCUGCGUCCAAAGCUCACGCGCACGUGUCUCAAGUACUUCCUGGAUCCCACGAAACCGCCUGCCGUUCUGUACGGAGCCAUCUACGGACUCCUGGAAGCCGGUGGCCCCGAAGCCAUUCGUGUCCUGGUGCUCCGCAACAUGAAGACGUUCGACGCGGCUAUUCUGCAGCCGAUGAGGGACAGGUCCGAGGGCAGCAUCGAAUACGAGAUGCUGGUGCAGGGUCUUGUGCAAGCAGUGGCAUCGCUGGCGCAGCGUGGCGAACUGGGCGCUCCGAACGGGGUCAAUGGUACUGCGUCGGACUCGGAGCUCUCCGAGCUGAGCGAGUUUAUCGGAUCAAUCGUCGGGGGGAAGAUUGCCGCCGCAGGUAAUCGCGCUCUGGUGAGGACGAUACUAGACGCUCGAUCGCUGGCAUAG